UAUACAAAAUAAAAAAUAUUUUUCUUUAUAUAGGACAACAUAUCCAGCAACGCAUUCAUACGAGGAAUCAGUAGUAGUUAGAGAAAAUGGUGAGAAGCCCUUGUUGUGACAAAACUGGAAUGAGAAAAGGUGCGUGGACUCCUGAAGAAGACAACAAGUUAAUUGCUUAUGUAACUAGAUAUGGCUCUUGGAAUUGGCGACAACUACCUAAAUUUGCAGGUCUUGAAAGGUGUGGAAAGAGUUGUAGACUAAGGUGGUUGAACUAUCUAAGACCAGAUCUCAAAAGAGGGAACUUUACACAACAAGAAGAAGAUACUAUCAUCAAGCUUCAUGAAAAACUGGGUAAUAGAUGGAUUGUGAUUGCUUCAAACUUUCCAGGAAGAACAGAUAAUGAGAUAAAGAAUCAUUGGCAUACCAACUUGAAAAAACGAUCGGUGAAGAAUAAUAAGUCAGACAAUAAUAAUGGAACACGAAACUCCAAAGAUACAAAUUCAGAUAACGUUACAGUUGAAGAAGACAACACACUUGAAGGAGUGCUAGAAAACAAUAGUGUUCCUAAUAUUACCAGUCCAUUGUCUUCAAUCCCAUCUUCAAGUGGAACAAUGGAUACCCCAACAACUACAGAAAUAUCUUAUGAAAAUUAUGUUCUUGAUGAGCUUCCUUUAAUGGAUGCAUACAUGGAUGUUUUGAAUGAUAAUUUCUGGACCGAACCAUAUAUGAUAGACAAUUCAUAUGUCUCUCCAAGUGAAGAAGUUACAUUAUUACCUGUCUGGUGUGAACAUGAUUACUUCAGUCCUGUGUACGAUGAACAACUUUGGAGCCAUGGGAAAUAAAUUGUUGCAGUAUUGUGUGGGUUUAGUUUUUUUGGAAAUGCCGGCAGAUGACAAGAACAACAUGUGAUUACUACUUUGUCCUGUUUUUCCUAUGCGGUGUAAUGUUGUAGUACUUUGAACCAAUAUGAGAAAUUAUUUAGCGUAUAUUUCUCUCUACUGUACUAUUUUUGUUGUUGUGAACUAA